CCACUUUAUAUUGUAGAGAGAGAGAGAGAGAGAGAGAGAGAGAGAGAGAGAGAGAGAGAGAGAGAGAGAGAGAGAGAGAGAGAGAGAGAGAGAGAGAGAGAGAGAGAGAGAGAGAGAGAGAGAGAGAGAGAGAGAGAGAGAGAGAGAGAGAGAGAGAGAGAGAGAGAGAGAGAGAGAGAGAGAGAGAGAGAGAGAGAGAGAGCUUAUAUUCUUCAGUUCACUACUCCUCAACUAUAAUUCUAGCCACCUCUAUUAUUUGAAUUCCUAUUAUUUCUUCAAAAAAACUGUUUUAAGAGGAAAUGGGAGUGGAAAGAACGAUGGAAUACAUAUCAGAAUUUUUGAAGAUGAGGAGGAAAAAGAAAAAGAAACCAAUGCAGACAGUAGCUCUCCGAGUUGCUCGUAUCGACUGCGAAGGCUGUGAACGUAAAAUCAAACAAAUCCUAUCUGGCGUCAAAGGGGUGAAAUCGGUGGUCGUGGAUGCCAAACAGCAAAAAGUGACGGUGAUGGGAUACAUUGAGCCGAAGAAGGUUUUGGAGGCGGCCAAGUCGACAAGGAAGAAAGUGGAGCUAUGGCCAUAUGUUCCGUAUACAAUGGUGGCGAAUCCAUACAUAUCUCAAGCAUAUGACAAGAAGGCACCACCGAACAUGGUUCGGAAAGUCCCGGACACAGCCUCCGUUAACGAGACCACCGUCGAUGACUCUUACGCCAUUAUGUUUAGCGACGAAAAUCCUAACUCUUGCUCUAUCAUGUAGAUGGUGUGCUUUUAAUGAGUUAAUUAAUUAUAUUUAUAUAAUAAUAUAUAUUUGUAUACAAUAUUAUUCAGUGUAGAGAUAUUGACCUAAAUAAAAAGCAUUGUGUGAAGUCUGAGUUUCAGUUAAAUAUAACGUGAAAAGGAAUUUGAAUGUGAAGUUUAACAAAGUACUAUAACACAUAAAAUUUCCCAUUUUUAUUAAGAGAAACAUAUUAGGAUAUGGCCCAUUAAGGUAAAGAGUAAAGACGCUAGAGUUCUCCUUAAUUUCUUAUAAAAAGGUGACUCAUUCUUCUUUUUUUAAUCAGAGAGAAAUAGAGCGAAACCCUGCAGAAAUUCCGGGAGAAUCGAACCCUUGCUGUCGGCCGCCACCUCCAACGACCACCACCGGGAACAAAUAUCUUCUGCCACCGUCUUUGGUUUGCUUACUCCUUCGUCAUCUUCCGAUCUACAUCUCCACCUUCAUCCUCUCAACGAUUUAUCACUGGAAUCAAAUCUGAUCUCUAAUCCCUUUCCUAUCUUAUGUUGAGUGUAAGACUGCAUAUUUGUUCUUGUGUGAAUGUGUUCUUCUUUAUCUUCCUCUAUAUCUGGAUCAGUAUUCACAAGAAAGGCAAAGGUGUCAGUUGUGAAUUUGUCUCAUGUCAUGUAAGCCAUCAAAGCGCUAAUCCUCUGUUAAUAUCGUGUAGGUAUAGAUGUGAAUGAUGUGAUGUGUGCUAGAUCUAUGCUGAUUUUUAUAAUGUGAUGAAAAGACGCCUAGAUGUGAUCAAGUUGUUUAAAGGAAACCGGUUGUGUGUUGAGAUGAACUCAUGAUCAGAUAAUUAUGACUUAAUGAUGUUUAUAGCUAAUGAUAAGGAAAAAAUGAGUUAAUGAUGAGUUAAUGACACCGAGAACAAGUGACGUCUAGAAAAAGAAGAUGAGUGAAUGGUAAGGACGUCGUAAGAUUGAAUCAUGCCGAGUCAGAGAAUAAGUGAUUAUUAUGACCGCGGGUCAAUGCCGAAAGGGGACAGAGGGAUGCAAGCCAGUAGUCACAUAGGAGGCCACGGGCCAUAGCCUGCAAAACGAAGGCACACGUGGGACUGGCUGACACGAGGAGGGACGUUUGUCAGAGACCCCUAGAUCCUAGAGAUCUAGAUUGUUUGAUGCAUGGCAGAAUCAAUUAACUUAUGAAUAUGCUGGUUGUGUACUCUCACCAAAGCCUAAAACUCCAACGAGUUUUCCCGAUCGGCAAACAACUCUUCCUGAUCGCCCAUGACAUCUUCU